AUGCCCUCCCACAAUUCCUGGACAGAUGGGCUCCCGCUCAAGAUCGUAAACGUCAUCGUUUAUUUCCUCUUCCUGGGCUCCAACAUCUACACCGUCGCUGGCCCUGCCGACAUCUACUACACCGGAAAGGAGACGUAUAUGACCCCUGCGCCAUGGGCGUUCCUCAUCUGGUCCCUCAUCCACCUCCUGCUCCUCGGCACAGUCAUCUACCAGUUCUUCGAGGGCGGAAAGCAUGUCAUCAUUGACGGCAUUAGCUGGCGUUUCGCGCUCCUCGCUGUCCUUAACGCCAUCUACGUUAACGUCUGGGCUCGGCACUAUUACAUCGUUGCGUUCAUCUUCGCGCUCUUUGUCAGCUCGUGUGUCACCCACAUCUACUACAUAGUCAAGAAGUUCCACGAGCCGCAGAGCACCGCGGACGAGCUCUUCAUCCACCUCCCCUUCUCGCUCUACCACGGCUGGACCACCGUCCUCGUCGUCCUCACCCUCUUCGAGGCUGCCGGGCUCAACGCUGCCGUCCAGCCCGCCGGCGUUUGGACCGACGUCUUCGUCUUCCUUGCUCUGUUCUUCCUCGAGGCGACCGCCGCUACCUACGCGUUCUCCUCAUCUGAGGGCGACCUCCCCGCGAGCAUCGCCAUCUCCUGGUCGCUCUGGGCCAUCUUCGCGCACCAGCACCGCCCGGCGUUCAUCCACUGGAGCGCGCUCGCGUUCGCCGUCCUCUCGCUCGUGUGGGUCGUCAAGGCCGCGAUUGGCGUUGGGCUCAAGAUCCGCAACGGCGGCCGCGGGAUCUCGCUCGACGAGGAGCGCGCGCCGCUCGUGGGGUGA